AUGUACCUAAUUUGUGAAGCAACAAUCACCCUUCCAUCCCCUAAAUCCUGGGACGACCGAAUGAGUUUUCCUUGGGAGCUUUAUAAGCGUCUGCGAAAAAACAAUCCUGCCAGAUUCAGCGCCUAUGCGCGGCUAGGGAACGUCAAGAUCGCGAGCAGUAGUCCUGAAUGUUUCCUAAACUGGGAUCGUGAAAGCAUUUUAGAGAUGAAGCCAAUGAAAGGCACUGUCCCGGAGUCUCCCGAAAUGACACUCAAAAAGGCAAAAGAGAUUCUUCGAACGACAAAGGAGAUGGCGGAGAAUCUGAUGAUAGCCGAUAUGGUUCGCCAUGAUCUUUACGGCGUCUGUGGCCCUGGUCAAGUUCACGUGGAAAAGCUUCUGAAAGUGGAAGACCAUGCCAAGUUUUAUCAGAUGAUCACCCCUGUGAAAGGAAAAAUCGAUCAGAAACAGUCUGGUUUUGCACCGCUUCCCCAGUUACCCUCUUCCCAUAUGUCAGGAUGA